AUGUCAACAGCCAACUAUACCAUCGAGCUCCCGAAGACCGCAAUCAUCGUGACUACGUGGGUUGAAUACCACACGGAAGCAGCCAAAUUUCUAGACUCUAUGGUGAUACCGAAGUACGGCGGAUAUGUCAUCGAAAUCGACGGGGAGAUCAAGCUUGCUACCGACGAUAACAUGACGAAGCUGAUCAAGGCGAAACUUGAUUCACUCACACCACUAGAGGGUAGCGAUGUAGAUGAGCCGCAAUCUUCGGAUAACACCAACCAUCUGCAGAAACGACGCUGCUCGCACCCCCCUUGCUUCAACAAUUCUCUUUGUCUUACUUACACCGAUUGCCAUGUCUGCACCGGCGUCGUUGAACGGCCCGUUCGUAAAAGAGGAAGAUGCAUUUAA